AUGAGGCAUCAGCUUCGGAUGGAAAAGCUCUUCCACGGCCUGGUGGAGAAGAUCCACAGCACCACCGCACAGGCGCCGGCUCGGUCCCGCGCGCCGACCACGCCGACCACGCCGUGCGAAAAGAACGCGGAAGGCCGGCGCCGCACAACGGAGGGUCAGGCGCGUUUGGAUUCGGAAGUCCAGGGAAGGUGCCCUGACUUGGCAAGGUCAGGGCCUGUUGCGGACGCACGUGAGGCGAGCCUCGCACGUGAGGCGAGCCUCGCAGAGGCCUUCUGGUCGGAGGAGAAGGCUGAGAAUCCCAAGGCGGUGGAGAAGCCAUUCUCUCGACAGCUUUCCCGGCAGGUCUCCUCCCACCACUUCCCGCCGGCGCCCCCGGGCUCCACGCUGGAAGCCUGGACAGGUGGAGACCAGUUUGAUGCCGACGAGGAGGAGCUCGCCCAACUCGAUCUCGGAGGGAAUCAGGUGAUGGCCUUCUCGUCGAUGAAACCGGAACACACAUCACUGAACUGGAUUUGGAUGAAGGUGAUGGCCCGUCGACGUUCAUUGGUAUUUGAAGCCUGGACCUUGGCUAUGUUUGAGCAGGAACAUCGCAAGAAGAGCCAGAUCUUCCUGGAAGAAGUUCCGGCAUGGCGACGAUGGGCCAAGCACCUUGUGAAUCGGCCGCAAAGCAUGGAGGAUCAGGUACGGAACUCCAAUUUCGAGUGGUUCUGCGCGGUGCUCAUUCUGCUUUGUGCUCUCUUGAUCGGAGCAGAAGCCCAUUGGAGCAUGAUGAACAUUGGAUCUCCCCAGCCCAUGUUUUUUCGCGUGUGCAACUCUUGCUUCAACGUGGCUUUCACGCUGGAGCUGGCUCUACGGAUUUUGGUGGAAAAGGCCUUCUUUUUCAGCUGCCGGAGUCUUGGCUGGACAGGCUUCUGGAAGCAAGCAGCUGGACUUACCAGCCCUUGCGACGCCUUUUGCCUGAAGAGUCCCAACGAGCUCAUCACCCUGUUCUUGAAUAGCAGUGUCCAGAUCUCAGGGCUGAAGAUCCUCCGCAUGGUUCGCCUGGCGCGGAUCCUGCGCAUCGUUCGUGUGGUACGCUUCUUCUCCGAGCUCCGCGCCGUCAUGGUGAAUGGCGUGAUUGGCUCCGCGAAGUCACUUUGUUGGGCACUGCUCCUGCUGGUCUUGGUGAACUUCCUCUUCGGCGUUCUUUUUAUGUACAAAGCCAUCUCCGGUGGAAUUGAUUGGGACAACGCUGUUCUGGUGCUCUCCUCCGUGGGCGGGUGGAUCCUUGGGCGAAGACUCUUCGCCUGGGUGGACAACGCAAAAGCCUUGAAAGUGGCAGACGAAGAGGCCAUGCACCAUGAGGCGAUGAAGGAGCGGCAGAAGUGGAUCACCGAAGUGGCAGAGUUGUUUUCGAAGAUUUCGGUGGAGAAGGACGCCAAGCUCACGAAGGACGACUUUGUUUACCAUGUUCCUUGCCAGAUUUUUGAUAUGGAAACGACGAACACUGACGAGCUGUGGGAACUCUUUGACAUCGACGACAGCGGCUGUAUUGAUCAGGAGCAUCAUCCCUUUUGGGCUGACGAGUUCGCCAUCGGCAUCAAGCAGUUCCACGGCGUCGCACGCUCCAUCGAUCUCUUUAAGCUGCGCAAGGAGUCCGCUAGGGGUCGCAGGGCCUUGGUCACAGGUUGGUCGCAGGGACCGCAUUCAGAGCACCUUUCGGUCGGAUCUGACGCCAUGAGUGCGGCCUACUUGGCCCAGCUGGGCAUCCCUUUCGGAGGAACUCCGGUGGUCUUGCGCCCACCCGAGGAAAGCCUUCAGGAGGCCUCCAAAGUCUCCAAGUCUGCGAGUGCAACCAGCCAGGCAAAAGCUGCGGCUGCACCCACAUCUCCGAGUGGAAAGGAAGGGCCUCCUGAUGGACGAAACUUCUUGGAGAAAUGGAUAGAGGCGGACUUGGCGCCUCAGGGCAGGUGCCAUAAGCAGAAGGUCCUCACGCGCUUCCCCCCUGAGCCCAACGGUUAUUUGCACAUCGGUCAUGCUAAGUCCAUCAUGAUCAAUUUCGGCCUGGCACACAAGUACGGCGGAGAAUGCAACUUGCGUUUCGAUGACACGAACCCCGACACGGAGGAGACCGAGUAUGUUGAAGCGAUUCAGGAGGAUGUGGCUUGGGUGUGUCAGGCCUUGGAAAUGGAAAAGGUCAAGAAGGGUGGUAAACCUUGGAAGAACGAGCCAGUCUAUGCCAGCGACUACUUCCAACAGAUGUACGACUUUGCCAUUGAUCUCAUCAAGCAUGGAAAAGCCUAUGUGGAUUCACAGACACCGGAAGAGGUCCAGAAGAACCGCGGGGGCGGGGCCAACAACUUGCCUGGGGUGGACUCGGCUUACCGGAACCGAAGCGUGGAGGAGAACUUAAAGCUCUUCCGAGAGAUGCAAGAGGGCAAGCACGCAGAGGGAAGUAUGCUCUUACGAGCGAAGAUCGACAUGAAGCACCCCAACAUGAACAUGAGGGAUCCGCCCAUGUAUCGCAUCCGCUUCAGUCAUCACCACCGCAGUGGAGAUCAAUGGAAGGUCUAUCCCAUCUACGACUUUGCGCAUGGCAACGAAGAUGCCAUCGAAGGGGUGACGCACUCCAUUUGUACAUUGGAGUUCGAGAAUCACCGAGCGUUAUAUGAUUGGUUCCUGGACAACUGCACGAUCGUACCCAGCAGGCCUUACCAGAAGGAAUUUGCACGACUGGAGGUGCAGGGUGCUGUGACCUCGAAGAGAAAAUUGCUUCGCUUGGUCAAGGAGGGACACGUCACCGGCUGGGAUGACCCGCGGCUGCUGACCAUCCGGGGCAUCCGCCGGCGCGGUGUGCGGCCGCAGGGGAUCAAACGCAUGGCAGACGGCGUGGGUGUCUCAGACCGAAACAGCACGACUCCUUUCGAGUUUGUGGAGGAAUGCUGGCGAGAAGACUUGGAACCCAUCAGCAAGCGACGGCUCGCCGUUUUGGAUCCUUUGGAGGUCGAGAUCAUUGACUACGAGAAGGAGGAACUCAUUGAGGGCAUCACAGAUUUGCCUGAGCAAUCUGCCAGCAGCCAGCCGAGCUGCGCACGCACCUUGAGCUUUUCCAAGAAGAUCUUCAUCGAGCAAAGUGAUUACCAGGAGAAUCCGCCUGAGGGUUACUUCCGCUUGGGAGCAAUUGGAAGUGAAGUCAAGCUCAGACAUUCCUACGUCAUCAAGUUGGUGGAGGUGGUUAAAGACUCCAGUGGACGCGUGGUGAAGCUGAAAUGCAGUCACGACAGUAGCACUCGCGAUGUGAUGCCGGCAGAUCGGAAGCCCAAGGUCAUCCAUUGGGUGAAUGCCAAGGAUUGCUUGGACGCAGAGGUCAGGCUGAUCAACCCCCUCUUCCUGCCCAUGCCGGACCCGGUGCCCGAGGGCAAAGACUUCUUGUCUUACAUCAACCCGGAGGCGAUGGUGCGCUGCAAGGCCAAGGUGGAGAAGGCUUUAAGCAACUGCGUCCUGGAGGAUCGCUUCCAAUUCGAGCGCCUGGGAUACUUUGCCCCUGACUAUGAUUGCUUCACGGAGCCCAAGAAGCUUUCCUUCAAUCGUGUGGUGCCCCUGAAGGAGUCCGCCGAUAAGAAGAAGAUUGAAGGAAAAGGCACCGCCAGUCGGAAGGAGGAGCAGCAGAAGCAGAUGGCAGAGAAGGAACGGCUCAUGAAGAUCCCUCCACAGGACCGCGUCGAGCAGAGAUGA